UUAACCCCGAAAGUUAAAUACGGAGGAAAAAUUAGCAACACGACUUCAAAAUACCUCACGGGAGCAAACGCAGACUUCUAAAAUGGCGACUUCCGCCGUGCUCAGAUCCCUCCGCCGCCGCGAUCUGGCUUCCUCUUCCCUCUCUGCCUGCAAAACUUUCACCGCCAAUACCAAUUCAUCAUUGGCAUCAUCAGUUACUGGUACUAGAUUGGCUGGUAUUGCUAGGCAAUUUAGUUCAAAAGCCAGUGGAAAUGAAGCUGCUGGUAUUGACUUGAGUACUGUGAACUCCCAUAGCUCUGAUAAAGAGAACAAGGUCACCCCAUCUUUGGCUGCUGCUUACCAGAAAGGAUUAUUUGUUGGUAUGCCAGCCAAACAUCGCGAGUUUCAACGGGUUUUCUCUACAAUUGCAUCUGACAACCUAACUGAUGAUGGGAAAAAGGUUCUUCGCCCAUUAUCACCUCAUCUUCCUGUUUAUACGCCCCAGAGUACUUCAACUUCAUCUAUUCUGCAUAGAAUCUCUGGAGCUUACCUAGCCGGUGUUGCUUUUGGCUUUCAUAUUCUUUACCUGAAAUUAGGUUCAGUUUGCCUCAGCUACAGUGAUUUCUACCAGUUCUUCUACUAUACAUCAAAGCUCAGCGAACUUUCUCUCGAGGUAGCUGCAGUAGCUAUGGCCUAUCAUGUGAUCAAUGGGGUUCGUCAUUUAGUGGCAGAUUUUUCAGGAUACCUCUUUCCUAAAAUCGGAAGAAAGAAAUUGAAAUGAAUGUAAAAUGUCCCAUCGGUUCUCCUAGCAAAAUGAAGGAGUUUAAUCUGGAAUAAAUAAAAUGCCAGACCCUGUGCACAAGGCUUCCCGCAGCAUGCAGGAAUGAGAUAAAUAUUUAGAAUUUUCCCUUCAGAAAGACCAGGUUUCUACUUCAUGUUCUGCUAUCCUGUUUCCCGCAUUUUGUACUUAAACCCAGAAGCUUGGUGGUUCUUGGUUGUCCUGAACCUGCGUGUGCAUCUUGCGAAAUUUCUAGUAGAAAUGACUGGUGACUUUUUGUGAACUAAUGUUUUAGUGCAUGAAUAAAUAUUGUGAUUUGCAUUUCAUAGUCACUAUGCUUUGUAACAUUUUCUUUUCUGUGGGCAUGUUGACUGCAGCAUAUAACCCAGAGUUUAUUGCAAUUUUUUGAUA